AAACAACACAAUAUAGAAAUAAAUAUAGAAAUAAAGCGCGCAGAUGAGAUUCCUUCCCACGAUAUUUGGAAGCGUGUGAAUGAGAGCUUUUGGUUGUCGAGCGGUGGACAGGCGUGGCAGUGGGUUGGUCCUAGCGGGAUGAAAAACAUCAGGGUUCAUAGAUUUUGUAUCUGCUGAGGCCCUGGAAAUUGCCUGACAAAGGACCUUUGGAGUCUCAACCUAAUAUUUUACAGACACUGUGUAAAAUCCUAUCUUGUUAAUUUGGGACCGGAAUUAGGUAGUGGGUGUGACCCGCACCCACAUAGGACAAGGUGCCGAGGAUGCACUGAGCUGUCCCCACCCAUCCCUGGCCGUGAGACACCCACUGCAACAUAGUAGAUCAUGAGUAAGUCUCCCACUCCCAAGGGCACCCCGGUGCAGCGCAGCCCCAGCGAUGGGGUCCCUGAGGGGCUCCAGUCCCCUCAGCAUUCCACUCCUGGCUCCGGCCCCCAGCAUAAGAAACGUAUCUCCAGCCUCCUGCAGAGCCCGUCAUUCAGGGAGGAGCUGGAUGUGCUGAUCCAGGAGCAGAUGAAGAAGGGUGGCAGCUCAUCCAACUUGUGGGCUCUGAGGCAGUUGGCUGACUUCAUGGCCUCACAUGGCUCCCCAGCAGCCCUAUCAGUCUCUCCUUCCAACAUGAUGAUGGUGACGCCCAUCAACGACUUGCACGGCUGGGAGCCUGGCAGCAUGGUGAAGGGCGAGAGAUUGAUGCGCUGUAAGCUGGCCAGUGUCCAUCGCUUGGUCGACCUCUACGGCUGGGCCCAAGUCAGCCGCACCUGCCUCACUCUGCGUGUUAGUAAGGAACAGGAGCACUUCUUGGUGCUCCCAGACGGCCUGGCCUAUAGUGAAGUGACCGGAUCCAGUCUGGUGAAGGUGAAUAUCCUGGGCGAGGUGGUGGAGAAAGGCAGCACCAGCCUUGGUGUGGACGUGGAAGAGUUCAGCCUGCACUCGGCCAUCUACUCGGCCCGGCCAGAUGUACGCUGUCUGCUUCACCUGCACACACCAGCGACAGCCGCGGUUUCGGCCAUGAAGUGCGGCCUCCUGCCUUUGUCCCAUGAGGCUCUCCUGGUGGGUGAUGUGGCCUACUACGACUACAAUGGAGUCAUGGAGGAUGAACAAGACAGGGUGGAGCUGCAGAAAAGCCUGGGGCCCACCUGCAAGGUAUUGGUGCUGAGGAACCAUGGCAUUGUUGCCCUUGGUGAAUCUGUGGAGGAGGCUUUCUAUACCAUCUACCACAUCCAAGCCGCCUGCCAGAUCCAGGUGUCAGCUUUAUGUUGUGCUGGUGGCGAACAAAACCUGAUACUGCUAGACCGGACCACACAUAGACCCAACCCAGCCGGCACUGUGGGCUGGGCCGGCUCCACCUUUGGGCCCCUACACAAGAGCCGCCUUGGGGAGCAUGAGUUUGAAGCCCUAAUGAGGACCCUGGAUAACCUGGGUUACCGCACCGGCUACGCCUACCGUUUCCCUGUGCUGCUGGAGCGUUCGCGGACACGGAGGGAGGUGGAGGUCCCUGCCACGGCCACAGCCUUCCACCAGUUUGACGAGGAGGGAGGCCACCCGGCUCUCAGGCAGCAUCCUUUCGCUCAGCGCCAGCAGCAGGAGAGGACACGCUGGCUCAACACUCCCAACACCUACCAGAAAGUCAGCCAGGACCAAGCCAGUCCUGGCCACCAGCGUACCACCUGGCUGAAGACCGAGGAGGUGACGCAGUCUGGCAGCACGUCCAUCAAGAUUGAGAACCCAAACCAGUUUGUUCCUCUUUACACCAACCCUCAAGAGGUGCUCGAGACACGAAACAAGAUCCGGCAGCAGAAUCGUCAGGACAUGAAGACCGCAGGACCACAGUCUCAAGUCUUAGCCAGCGUCAUAACAGAUGACAGUCCUCCGUCUCCAGUCAGCCCACCCAAACUCCCACCAGAGCCAGAGCCUCCCAACCCCUUCAACGAGCUGACAGACCAGGAGCUGGAGGAGUAUCGCAAGGAAGUGCAGAGGAAACAGGAUGGAGGGGCCGAUGAAGAGGCAAAGACCGACUCCCCAGCCAUACAGAACGGAGAGGAGGAGGAGAAGCAGACGACAGAGGAACUGGAAAAAGGGAUGAAGGCUCUGUCAACAAAUGACACGUCCACUCCACCCUCCACCACUCCCGCCGCUCUGCCUGCCAAACCACAAGGUGGCACCCCGGAGGGCUCGCCUUCCAAGUCCCCCUCCAAGAAGAAAAAGAAAUUCAAGGCACCCUCGUUCCUUAAAAAGAGCAAGAAGCAGAAAGAGAAAGUUGAGACCUAAGUCGUGCAUAUAGUGCAGACCUUGGAAAAAUACUAUUUGAAAAUGCUUCUUAGUGUACUUAGUGUCCUAACUGCGUAGAGCAGGGGUUGGGUCGGGGUUACUGCAACAGGAUAAUCCACGUAGUUUCAGGUGAUAUAUCACACACAGAAAAUUGACUUUGAAAUACUUUCCUGUGGUUGCCUAAACUUUAUGGUAUUAUUCAAUGUGUCAACCCAUCUGGUACCUUCAGCACUGACAAUUAUUUUCAAAUACUAUUUGAUCAAAGUCUGAUUCAGACAAGUUGUUGACACACUACUUUACUUCUUAUCACACUGGCACAGACACACACACUGAUCCAAUUCCUGUAUUCUCACGUCUCAUUUCUCACCUGCUUCUGUGCUGAUCAAACCAUUACUGAAGUUCACUGUAUGGGAAUUUAAAGCUUUCUCUUGUUUUGCAAGUAGGAUUAGAAGCAAUCUGAUCUAACACACUUGCACCUCCGAACUUGUUUCAUACCAAUCUUUUGUUACUCACAACUCUGCAAGACACAAGUGGAAUCAAUAAUAGUCGUCAUUGAUUAUGCACCCCUCGUUCAUGUAUAGUCAUAAAGCACUUGGCAUAUGUAUAUUAACAUUCCCGUAUGUUGUAUUUAUUCAUCAUCAUCAUCAUAGACAUCCCCUGGUCAUGAUUCGGUUAUAAUUAUCUGAUGAAUGUUGCAGGUAUUUAUGUGAGCGCAGGUGCAGUACAUGUAGAAAUAUGCUGAAAGAUGCUGAUUGUGCUCCUUUGACUGAAUGCUGGUUCCGUGUAAACCUAUCAGCCUUUUCAAGUUAUUACAGCAGGGACAAAUAAUGAAAAGAAAGGAAAAAAAAAAAAAACUAUACUGGCUCUUAACAAAAUCCAGGCCGCUAUGAAUGCCACUAAUACCAAACAAGGAUAUAAAACAAAGAAAAUCUGUUGCUAGUCAAUGCAGUUUGAAGUACAAUAAUGAAAGGCACUAACAUUCCACUUUUCUCAUUUUCUUUGAAAUGUAUGUGUGCAAAAUACCUCUUGACAGCUGUAAUUAUUAUUAUUAUUAUUAUUUUUUAUCCUGUCGCUAUUCUCAAACUGCUGAUGUGUGUGUGUUCAUGGUUUUAAUUUAUUUCAUAUUAGAAUGUAAAAGUGAGUGUUGCAAAGUUACCAUGUACAAGUCAUUAAAGAUCAAGUUGAGUUCAAAC